AUGCUCUCCCGAAUCAACAAUGUCUUUAGGCGCUCCGUCGCUUCACGCGGUCGUGCGCUCUUGAUCGACAAUGACCCGGAGUCGCUUUAUAGCUACUCGUCGGGACGCUGGCUGUGGAAUGAGGAGCAACAAAUGGCAUGCCGACGGCGAAGGUUCAACGUCACGGAACUGGCGCAGGCUGCGGCGCCGACGGUCGGGUCACAGUUCUGUGUUAAACUAGCGAAGCUGUCCGAGGGCAGUUUUAAUAAAGCAUUUCUGCUCACCAUGGACAACGGCAAGGAGAUGAUCGCGAAACUGCCUAACCCCAACGCAGGCUACGAGCAUCUUACCACCGCAAGCGAGGUGGCUACGAUGGACUAUGUGCGGAAUGUUCUUGGUGUCCCUGUACCGCAAGUCUACGCUUGGAGUUCGUCGGCAGACAAUCCUGUCGGCGCCGAGUACAUCUUGAUGGAAAAAUGCCGCGGGCUCGAACUUCAUAAGGUCUGGGACACGAUAACCGAUCGUCAAAAAGCCGCCAUCAUUCACAAACUUGUGAGCUAUGAAGCUGCAUUCACGUCAUCAAAACUCCCCGCUUAUGGGAGCCUUUACUACGCGAAGGACCUUGAUGCCACCGAGACCGAUCAACGUAUCCUUCUGCCAUUGGAAGGAGACACAAAAUUUCCAGCAUUCGCUGUUGGCCCAACCACCGACAGAAACUUCUUCGAUCAUGGCAGGGCCGGUGCAACGACCAACCAAGGACCCUGGGCGACGGUAGAAGAAUAUAAUCUCGCAAUCGCGGAGCGUGAAAUCGCUUGCUUGCAGAGGUCCUCAAAGUUUCCCGAUCCGCAAGGGUUUUACAACGGCCCGGGGCAAUACCAGCAAAACUCCAGAACGAAGAUUCAGACUCUGCGAGAUUACGAGAAGGUGGCUCAGUAUCUGAAGCCAACGGAUCCAAUCCUCUCUGAGCCAGUUGUCUGGCACACUGAUCUUCACUGGGAUAACAUAUUCGUCGACGAGAAUGAUCCGACGGAAAUCACAGCCAUCAUCGACUGGCAGGCAGUCCACAUCGCUCCACUGUUCGCGCAAGCCCGGCAUCCCGAAUUUCUCAAAUUCGACGGUGAAAUCCCAGACACUUUUGACGCGGACGCCAUCAAGUUACCUGACAACUUUGGAGAGCUCAGCAGAGAAGACCAGCAGGCUGCUAGAAAGCUACGCGGGGCUCAGAUAUUAUGGAAACUGUACGAAGUCGAGCUCCUGUGCCAGUGCGACGAUGUCAGACGGGCUAUUAGCUUUGGCCAAGGCCUGCUUGGUCGAUUGCCUAGUCUUGCGGGGAACAUCUUCAGCGAUGGCGAGCUACUCGUCCAGGACCUCUUGAUGAGUCUACAGCAAGAGUGGAGUCAGGUUGUGGAUGAUCCUGUCGCAUACCCAUGCCCGCUGUCUUUCACAGAUGAGGACAGAGCCGCCCAUGAUGAGCAAUUCGUUCUUUGGACGCAAAGCAUCGAGUUGAUGACCGAAUUUUUGACGAGUAUGGGUGGAUAUCGUGGCUGGGACGGCUGGGUGUCCCAUGAGCAAUACCAGGCGGGAAAAGAGCACAUGGCAUGUUUUAAGGAAGACUUCAUCUCACGGCAUUCAUCGACGGGGGCGGAGAGACGGAGAUGGUCGGAGGUCUGGCCGUUUCCAGACUAA